AAAUAGAGUUAUUAGGGUUGAGCGCUGCCUUGGCUGAAAGAGAAGAUACGUGCCUCAACCUCACGACCUCGUCUUUGACCGCUCACGACUCCACCUCUGGAGAUAUCGCUGACUCAAACUCUUAGGAGGGUUUGAUGGGAACAAAAGGUUGUAUGUUUGGCGACAGCCAUAUUGAAAUGGGUUUUAGGGUUGGAGGAUUGUUGCAAUUUACCAAAAAAGUGAAGGAGGAGUCGGUGUUGCUCGACACACUCUGGUCUAUAUCACGAGAAGCACUAGCACCAGUCAGUAUUAGUAUCUUGAAUUCCGAUGCACUCAAUGGGACGUUCGAGAAGAUACGUAAGGACUUUUCUCAGGCAUGGGAAACGGAAGACUUUUAUUAUCCUUUGGCAGCAAAGGCAGCAACUAUUAGUCUCUUGAGUUUCAGGGGGUCAAACUUUGGUUUCGAUGCAUUAUGUAAGAAGCUACACAAACAAAACUCUUAUCAGAAUGAAGACUGCCGGAUUAAGCCUAGGAAUUGUCGGAUGACAAGGUCAUAUAGAAAGGUGCAACCAAUUGUGGCAAAAGCAUCCAACAAUGAUCAAUAUAAUUGCUUGCCAACAAUUAUGACAACGAUUGCAACAACCGUCAUUGCAGCAAGCUUGAAAAAUCAACCAAUUCUCCGAGAGAUACUCAUGAGGGUGGCAGUGUCCAAGGCAUCGGACAUAGAAUACGAGUGCGUGUCAAAAAUGAUAACACUCAUUGCACAAAACCUAAUGAGUCAACCCAAGUUCCAAGAGAUACUCUUGAUCGGGGCAAUAACCAUGGCUAUUAAUUUCCCAUUAGGUAUGUGUCGAGAACACGGCAAAUUCUCACCUCCUUGGCUUACAGUCCUUCUUGUAGCCUUUCCAUAUAUUUCCAUCCUCGCUAAAGUUGUUCUGAUGCCAAAAACUACCAUGCUAUAUGUACUUGGCCUCACCAUUCUCGGACAGGUUCUUGGGUCUAUGGCUGAGCAGCAUCGCCUAAAAUCCAUUGCCGCCAUGUAUCCACCUUGGCCAAAUCAUAAGGUUUAUUACCACUAUUAUUAG